CCCCUCGCGGAUGCCGCAUUAUCUGAUCUGCGAUAUGUAAGCGGAAAGCAGUUCACCUUGGCCAGGCGCAGACUUUCGACGUAGCCGCUUCGCAGCUGGGCGCGUGUCCCACUGGGCCAGUUUUCCCCCGCAAGUUCGGCGUGAGCAAAUGCGGGAGUGCUGCAAAAUUGGCGGCCCCCCAUUUGGCAGACAAAGCGGUUAAGCGGUUUAUCGGUUGAGCGGUUGAUCCGUCACGCUGCUAAGCCGUUAAGCUGCUACACUGCUACGCUGUUACGUGGCGAAACGGACGACCCCCCGAACGGCUGUUUUGAAAAAUGAGCAGCCGUCUGAAGGGGGUACCAACCGAGCACGUGUGAAAGCCGCAACGAGGGGGCAGCGAAGGGAAGACGCAGUAGAGAGGCGGAACGAGGUCGAAGGGGAGCAGCACCUUUUCUUUGGCCCUGCGCCGCGCCCCAAGGCCCAAAGAAUGAUCGACCUGUUUGAUGAAGUAAAGCAGCUAGCCACGAUCAAGAAGCAGCAGAAUGCCGAGCUUAUGACACAGGCGCUCAAGUUUGAAAAUGAAAAAAUCAUAGAUAACUUUUUAGACCCCCCUGGGGACACCGUUAUAGACAUCCCGGGUGAAGGGAAGGACGAUUUGAGAAGCUACGUAGAUGCAGUCCAUUCAAUAAAACAAAAAAUUAAACAAAUCUACACAGUGAUUGAUGAUGUAGAAGUGUUAAGAAAAAAAAUCAACUUAGCAAUAACCACAGAACAGGAAAAUGAAUUAAGUGUCCUACUAAAUAUGCAAAUCAAAAAUGGAAAUAAUAUCAUUCACUCCAUCAAAGUGGAAAUAAAAAAUGUGAGGAAAAAAUUUUUACUCAAAUGUCAGCAAAAUAAAAUAAUGAAAAAAAAUAUCCACGACAAUUUAAUACAUGUGUUCAAAAAAGCGCUACAUAGUUACCAACAGAUUCAAAAUGAUUAUAAUGAAAGUAUGAAGGAUAAAAUGUCGAGACAUAUAAAAAUAAUUUACCCACAAUACACAGAUGAAGAUAUCAGUUCUGUUCUUAACCAUGAUGAUAUAAGUACGCAGAAUUUAGUCAAGUGGAAACUGCAAGGACAUGACAAUUUGAAAAAUGCCUUAACUCAUGUAGAAUCCAAAUAUAGAGAUGUUAAGACACUUGAAAAGAAUGUUUGCGAUUUACACCAAACCAUAAUUGAACUCUCUGCUCUCAUCGAGAUGAAUGAUGAGGUUAUAAGUAACAUACACGACAAUGUAAACGAUGCGCAGUACUUUACGGAGAAGGCAAAUGUCGAUUUGAUUGACGCGAGGAAUAUUCAGAGGUCCACCUCCAAGUGGAUGUUCUACAUUUCCAUGGGAAUCCUCAUCGUGGUGAUUAUUAUCUGUCUGCCCGUUUUGGUGAAGUUUCUCUAGCGGGAGAGGGGAAGGGGGGGAAGUGGACCCACCCAUUCGACACCCAUCUUGCGGGGGGAAGUGGACCCACCCAUUCGACAUCCAUCUUGCGGGGGGAAGUGGACCCACCCAUUCGACACCCAUCUUGCGGGGGGAGCGGUCUCUCUCAAGCACUGUUAGGAAAAAAGUUCCCACCGAAGUGCCCCCCUCUGUGAACCUCGAAAUUGCUGCUGCGUUUGGAGAGUCCCCUUGUCCGAUAAAGGAGCUAGCCAAAAAGCGACUGACUAUUCGCGUUUUUUUUUUUGUUUCCUGUUUUUUUUUUUUUUUUUUUUCUGUCACCCAGUUUUUGUAACACCGGCGAAAUGCUAACUGCGUUUGUG